CAGUAUCAUCACAGGACACAGUCUGAAUUCUGAAGCUUCUGAGCUCUGCAGUUUCAGCUUCUGGAAAGCCUCUCCUCAGCCAAGACUAUGAAGCUCUGUGUGGCUGUCCUUUCUCUCCUCGUGCUGGUGGCUGCCUUCUGCUCUCCAGCCCUCUCAGCACCAAUGGGCUCAGAUCCUCCUACUGCCUGCUGUUUCUCCUAUACCGUACGGCAGCUUCCUCGCAACUUUGUGAUCGAUUACUAUGAGACCAGCAGCCUCUGCUCCAAUCCAGCUGUGGUAUUCCAGACCAAAAGGGGCAGGCAAGUGUGUGCCAACCCCAGUGAGUCCUGGGUCCAGGAGUACAUGGAUGACCUGGAACUGAACUGAGCCACUCCAGGCCUGAGAGCAGUAAGUCUCCAGAGAAGAGCACCUGGGCCCUGACACUUCUCAGUGAGACACAUCCUCUCCACGCUGAAGACUCCUCUCAGCAUUCCCUGUUCCUUCUCUUAAUGUGAUAUUUACUAUGUGCUGUGUUACUGUAUUUUUUAGUAUUGUUAUUAUUUAUGUUUGCUUUGCUGAGGGACACAUGUCCCCCAUGGGGAUGGUCCACCACUAACUAUUUUUCUGCUAUUGCAGAGAAUACAUGAGUGACAUAAUUUGAAUCCAUGUGUUUUCAUAAUAAAACUUAAAAAAAAAAUGUA